AGGUUCAGUGUCAGUGCCAAGGCAGCUGAUGAGUACAUACGUAUAUGUUAGUGCCUCAAUAUAUCAAUAAAUUUCCAUGGUCGUGCUCUAGACCUUUCUUACGAUUUUUCCAAUUUCAAGUAUAAAUUUAUUUCACUUGAAAUUUAUUAAACGAAUAACAUUUUCAAACAAAUCUGUAAUGUUAUCGACAAUGCAAAUAGUGUGCCUUUAAUGUGACAUCUUUUCAACAUCUGCUUAACAUACUCAUGUGGAAAUUGAAAUAUGAUGCGAAUCUAACAACAGUGAUUUUUGUUUCAAGUCGGCACGUCAGAAGGUUUUACCGGCUUCAAUUUUUUUCUUUCUGCGUCGGCGCUGCUGCGCGAAUCCAUUUGCGCGUUUUAUACGAUUUCAAGACAAGUUUCAUUUUACUAAGCUCGUGUAUCAUCACGAAUUUUCCAGUUUAUUCUCGCGUGUCCAGUGGAUUGCGUAUAAGGUUCUUUCAAAUUUUUGAAAAACAUUCAUUUCUGAUAAAUUCACACCGAGACAGAAAUUGCAACGUGAUGCAGUCGGCAGGCGCAACGCUGUACCAAUGCUCUACGCAUCCAAAGAAACUUUCUGAAAGUAAGUCGCCUACACUGCGAAUCCGAGUCCUUCAAAAUGGACCUGAUUCUGGACAUCAACAGUUGGCUAUAUCCUAUGGAAUUAGGUGAUAAAUUUCGAUUAGUCUUAGCCACAACUCUUCGCGAAGAUGGCUACCCUGAUGGUGGCGAGUGGAAUGCUUUGGAUCAAGAGGGUGGCUCGCGAGCUGAUAGCUUCGAAUACGUUAUGUCUGGAAAGGUAUACCGGAUAGAGGGGGAUGAGGCCAACAACGAGCCCAGCAGUAGACUAUCUGCCUAUGUUUCUUUUGGAGGAUUACUGAUGCGACUGCAGGGUGACGCGAAUAAUUUGCACGGCUUUGAGAUCGAUCAACACAUGUAUCUGCUGAUGAAAAAGCUAGCCUUCUAAACGCUACAUCACUUGAAAAAAGACAGACCAUGGUUGCCACAUUGUAUUACAAUCUGACGGCUCCAGAAGAAACAAACCAAUGUGGCCUUAAAUGACGUUAAAAAAAAUUUUUAGAUCUCAUUUUAAUAGUUUCAAAUACUCUCUGGAGUCAACUUUUUGUAUCUUCUGAAAUCAAUGUAUUUAAAAAUAAUAAAACAAUCUUUUUUAAUAUUA